CCAUAUCAGUCGGAAACCUGAAGCCCUGAAAACCAAAACUACUAAGAUGCAGUUCACCAUCGUACUUGUCCUGUUGUGCGGCAUUGCUGGCUCCAUCCUGGCCCAUCCGAUGCCCGAGGACGCUACACCACCUCCCAAGUAUCCCCUUAAUCUCGAGGGCGGGGGUGGUGGUCAGAGGGGUGACGGAUUCGGCUUCCAUGUUUCAGGGAGUGAGAAUGUCUGGAGGAGCGACAAUGGACGCCACGAGAUCGAUUUGAACGGAAAAUACGGCCAACAUCUCGGAGGACCUUAUGGAAAUUCUGACCCCCAAUACGAGUUGGGAGCCGUCUACCGCUUCAGGUUCUAACCCAAAAGACCACAUUGUAUAAUCUGAUUAAGUGUGAAAUAUAGCCAUUAUCAAAUAUAACGUGUGCCUGACCAUAA